CGAUGUCUAAUAUUAUUUUGUGAACUACAUUUCAUACUCACAUCAAACAAUUCUCAUUUCAUUUUAUGUUAGAUCGGCAAAACUUCUCGAUCAUACUGAUUAAAAAUCAUUCAUUCGUAGUUUUUUUGUCAAAUAAUAGACUACAUUGUUGAAAACAACAUGACGUUAGGUGACAGGGGAGAUGCUGUUAGUUUUAAGAUGGAGCAAAAGAGUAAGAGACUACCAGAUUUCUCACGGAGCGUGAAUUUAAAAUAUGUCAAGCUGGGUUAUCAUUACUUGAUUACCCAUCUCUUCACUCUAUUUCUCAUACCUAUUUUCAUAGUUCUCAUUGCUGAGGCUAUGCAAACCGACCCAGAGGAUGUGUAUGAGCUUUGGCAUCAUUAUCUCCGGUACAAUCUCGUCAGCGUUGUAACUUCCGGGGUUUUUAUUGUCAUGGGUUUGACUGUUUACAUAAUGUCUUGGCCUCGCGCGGUCUAUCUUGUUGAUUACGCCUGUUAUCGCCCGCCAUCUCACUUUCAAGUUCCAGCCCGUUAUUACCUUGAGCGCUGUCAAGGUUUUGGUGACCUCGAUGAAUCUCUGAUGGAGUUUCAGCGUAAGAUUGUCAGGCAGUCAGGACUUGGUGACGAGACUUAUCUUCCUGAACCAUUUCACGACCUAUCUAAAAAACCUACAAUGGCCACAGCGAGGGCAGAGACUGAGCAAGUGAUGUUUGGCGCAUUGGAUAAUCUAUUCUCCAGUACAUCUGUGAAGCCCAAGGACAUUGGAAUUCUUGUCGUAAAUUGCAGUUUAUUUAAUCCUACUCCAUCCCUCUCCGCCAUGAUCGUCAAUAAGUACAAACUUAGAGGUAAUAUCAAGAGCUUCAAUUUAGGGGGGAUGGGUUGCAGUGCUGGAGUGAUUUCAGUCGAUCUUGCCAAAGACUUACUUCAGGUUCACCGGAACACCUAUGCAAUUGUCGUGAGCACAGAGAACAUUACCUAUGGUGCCUAUCCUGGACGCAACAAGUCCAUGAUGUUAAGUAAUUGUCUAUUCCGUGUAGGUGGUGCUGCGAUGCUUCUCUCGAACAAAUCUAAAGACAAACGACUAGCAAAGUAUAAGCUGGUUCAUGUGGUGAGAACCCACCGUGGUUCAGACGACAAGGCUUAUAAAUGUGUUUAUCAGGAUCAAGAUGAAACUGGUAAAGUAGGAGUUUCAUUGUCCAAAGAUCUCAUGGCAAAUGCUGGAGGUGCCCUUAAGAUCAAUAUCACUACUUUGGGUCCCCUUGUCCUUCCGAUAAGCGAACAACUUCUUUUUUUAACAACUCUAACUAUCAAGAAGUUGUUCAACCCUAAAAAGAAACCUUACAUACCAGAUUUCAAGCUUGCAUUUGAACAUUUCUGUAUACAUGCCGGAGGAAGAGCAGUAAUCGAUGAAAUGGAAAAGAACUUGGAUCUAUUACCUAUUCAUGUGGAGGCUUCUCGAUCGACACUACAUCGGUUUGGGAACACGUCAUCAAGCUCAAUUUGGUAUGAGUUGGCCUAUAUUGAAGCCAAGGGAAGGAUGCGCAAGAACGACCGUGUCUGGCAGAUUGCUUUAGGAAGUGGUUUUAAGUGUAACAGUGCAGUCUGGGUUGCUCUAAAGAAUGUCAAACCCUCUACUAAUAAGUGUAGUCCAUGGAGAGAUUGUAUUGAGAAGUACCCUGUUCAAACAUUUGUUAAACAAUAAAAUACUCAAUAAGGGUAUGAUUAAUAAGUUCUUAUGAACAAUCUGUACUAAGUUGAAUUUAGUGUUAGAGAAACAACUUUGGAUUUAAA